UUAAAAGUGCAUAGAGAUUAUCAACAACUUAAAUUGAUUUUAAUAAAAUUUGCCAGAAGUAAAAUGUCUACAACAAACAAUAAUCAAUUAAUUAAUCAAACCGUGGUCACAGCUAUGGGAGCUCACAUUUUGCCAACAACAUCCCAUUCAUCAUACGAUCUCAAAUUGCAAUUUAAUGAAAGUGUUCCUAGUGCUCCUGAUCAACAGCUUAAGUUUGAAAUUGAGAAUAAAGUAAAGAAUAAAGAAUUCUUUUAUGGCAUAGAAAUCUUGGCUAGAAAUCAUCAUGCCAACACUUUAUUGGAUUAUAAAGCAUUUGGUUCUCUUAUGCCUUUAUUUACCUCCAUAGUUUGGUUAAGUUCUGAUUACUGGUCCGUAGAGAAUCUUGAAGAAGUAGAGUCAAUAAAAUUGGCGCGUAAAUUACAGCCUCAUGGCAUAGUGCUGCCACAUUUCUCAUGCUAUCGUUUGCAUGAGGCCAGAUUAAAAGAAUUUUUAAAUUUAAAUUUCUCUAAUGUUUUGGCCGUACGUGGAGAUUUUUUCGAACCAAAUCAAAUGUAAUAUUCAGAGGAAUUAGUGGCUAAUAUACGUAAAUUUAGAGGAGAUUCUAUAACAAUUGGAGUUGGUGGUUAUCCAGAAGGCCAUCCUGAAUGCCUUUCAAUAGAAGAUGACUUGAAUAAUUUGGCGAAAAAAGUUAGUUCAAGCCGGCUUGCUGAUUUCAUUAUAACACAAAUCUGUUUCUCUCCCCAAGCGAUAAUUGAUUUUGUUAAAAAUUGUCGUUCAAAAGCCAUAAAAGUACCCAUAUUAGUUGGUAUGUUUGUACCCGACAAUUUACGUAUGCUGCUGGGCUUAUUACGUUAUUACCAAGAUAAAAUGCCUGCGGAAUUGUUAGAUAGAAUAUCGGAAACAAAUGAAUUGGGACAUACAAUUUUCAGAGAUUAUGCUGUAAUAAAGCGGUGGAAUGAUAGAAACGAUAUUUGCCAGUGAUGUAGAUUGUUUAUGGUUUGCCAUUUUUUACCAUGAAUAAAUUCAAGAAUAUACCAAAGGUUUGAGUGCUUUAGUGAAAAUCAAAAUUUAAUAAAGAAAAGAUGAGAAGAAAAUCGAAACUUCCUAAAAGAGGGUUUUAUUGUAAAAUAAUUAAUUUAAAAAUUAUAAAAGUAA